CUUGAAUUUCUCAAUUUCUGUAAUCUUACUUGAGUUUUACGAACAUAAAUUGUGAAAUUUGUGUUUAAUGUAGCUAAAUAACAACAAAAAUAGUGCAGAAGUACCAUAAGGGAGGAGGAAAGAUGAACCGGCGUCGCACUCUGCGGCAAAAGCCGCGAAUAAGUUACUACGAGCCCGAGGAGCCAAGUCUCGACGAGUACAUAUUUUGCGAUGAGUGCGCCGACUUCGUAUACGAGUAUUGCGCUAUUCACGGCCCAUUGCUCGUUGUCCCCGAUGACAAGGUCCCAUCCAAAAGUCCCUUCCCGCCUUAUGUUCCUCGCGCUGCACUCACAAUUCCUCACGUUUUCCUACACCUAGCACCAUCAAUAAUACCUGGGGCUGGUCUUGGAGUAUUCAGUACACUGACGCUGCCUCGCGGAGUGCGCUUCGGUCCGUAUUGUGGAGUGCGCACUCAAGUGGUAGACUCCAUGUAUUGUUGGCAGAUAUACGACCGUGACCACAAACGUUCACAUGUGGUGGACGCGGCAGACGCGAAUCGUUCUAACUGGAUGCGCUACGUCAACUGCGCUCGGAACUGGAAGGAACAGAACUUACUUGCUUACCAAUAUCAAGGACAACUGUACUAUCGGACGAUAAAAAUAAUUCCUCGGUUCACGGAACUUAUGGUGUUCUACGGGAGUGAGUUCGCGAACACGUUGCAUAUCAAUCUCAGAAACUAUAACUCGCCGCCCGGAUACGCCCAGAAAUUUGGUGCACCUGCUGCAAAAAAACCGAAGUUGGACAUCCAAAAAGAGAAAAUACAAGAAGUAACGCCGGACAAGAGCAAGCUCAGCAUACAAACAAACAAAGACGAAGAAAAGGUAAUUUCCGAAAAAACUCUAAAUAAAAAGGGCCCUCGAAUAAAUUCUGUACGAAAAGACCUUAUUAUUGAAAAUAACAAUAUUAUUAAAAAUAAAGAAUUACAUAAUGAAAAUUCAUUCUAAACUUUUACAAUGUACAAUUAAUAUGAAUAAUGAUAAUUUUAUGUGUAAACAUUGUAAUUUUAAAGGUAUUAAUAGUCAUGAUAUAGAGAGACAUAGCU